AUGUGGAAUAAGCCAUCAGUUUUAGGCUUCAUUCCUUACAGUACUUUAGUUUCAGCUUCCGAAUCAUCAUCAUCAUCCAGUGUAGAUCUACGUGUACUUACCUUAAAUGUAUGGUGUCUACCACAACCAUGGCCACUUGGCAGUAAGGAUCGCAAGUAUCGUUUGAAAAAACUCGCUGAAGCGAUACUAAAGGAGAAUUAUGACAUUGUAGGACUACAAGAGGUGUGGAGCGUCACCGACUACGCAGACCUUAUUGAACGACUAUCGAGUUCUUUUCGCUUUCAUCACUAUUUCCAUUCCGGGUUCACGGGCAGUGGCGUUUGUGUAUUUAGUCGUCAUUCAAUCGUCUCAACACUCACACAUAGUGUAUGUGACCUGCUUAGUUUCAGGUAUUCACUUAAUGGGUUUGCGCAUCACAUUCAUCGCGGUGACUGGUUCGGUGGAAAAGUUGUUGGUUUGGUGGAGGUUGAAGUUGGAGGGAUCCGAGUAAACUUUUACUGCACACAUCUUCAUGCUGAGUAUAACAGGGAAAACGACCUUUAUCUUCCACAUAGGGUGGCUCAGUCAUUCGAAUUAAGUCAGUUCGUUCGUCAUACUGCACAUGGAGCUGAUGUCGUUAUAAUAACCGGAGACUUCAACAUGGAGCCCCAAGAUUUGGGGCUUAGACUCAUUCUUUCACAACUGCGCCUCCUAGAUGCGUGGCGAAUUGCUCAUCCUGUUUCGCCUCGCCUUGAACCUAAUGUUUCCUCUAGUCAUUGGCGCGGAGUAGAGAAUGGUGGAACGUGUGAUCGUCCUGACAACUGUUACUCUUUAAAAAAAUUUAAACAAAAAGAUGACAGCAAGCGUAUUGAUUAUAUUCUGUUCAGGAACGGUAGAAUGUCUGUUUCUUUAGAGUUGUGCGAUGUCGUAAUGAAUAAGAUUGCGAACGAAGAGCUGAACUACUCAGACCAUGUUGGCUUACAUGCACAUUUUAGGAUUAGAAAUAAAGAACGUCAGCAAUCAUGUGAAUGGGAACCAAACAGGCCGUUGCUCAUCGAAGCCAUCGGCAUUGUAUCGGGUGGACAACGAAGGGCACGUUCCGAUCGCACUUGGUUCAUGUGUGGAUCCGCAGUACUAUUUGUAAUAGUGAUCGCCUCAUUAUUUUUGGGCGAUGUUGUUUCAGACUACUCCGUGGCUUUUUCGGUAUUCAGAAUCAUUUUGACACUUGUGAUUGCUUUUUGUAUAUGGCAUGGACUAAUAGGACUAACAUUGGAGAGAAAAGCACUGAAAGCUGCCAAACAAUCUAUGCAACAGUUACUUAAUGACUAG